AAGCGUCGACGACGAAGGGCACCAUGCGUCCGAAGAGGAGCUCCAGGAGUCGACUGCGACCAACCGUGGCAAUGGAGCUCCGGGUUUUGGUGUGUUUGCCCCAAAAGCCAAUGCUUCCAAGGAAUACGAGCGGAUUUCCUCCAAUCAGGGGGAACAAGAGCGCCCGCCACCGGAAGAAGAGCUUCGAGGAUCUGCCUGGGCCACGGGAGAGGCAAUGGGCAUCGAGAAAGGAAACGUGGGCGCUGGGGAUCGAGCCACUCGCAUUCAGGAAGGAGACAUGGCGUGGCGAUUCCUUUACAGUAAAUCGUGAGCAUCCAGAAAACCAUGUGCCUAUCCGGGAACUUUCGACCUCAUUCCGAAGUAGAAAUCAAGGGAACCCAUCAUUGGAAGAGCUUCAAGAAUCUGGCCCGGCCAGUGGAGAGUCCUUGGCUGUAGUAGAAGUCAUGGGUGCUAGAGAUGGAUCCGCGGGCAUUAUUGCAGGAGCUAUGGGCGCGGAUGCCCAUGCUCCUAAUGCUCCAGCCUUCAUGGUGCCUGGUGUACUUCUAUCCAUUCCACGUACAGUGAAUCCUCCAAGUCGUGAGCAACCAGAAAACCAUGAGCUUGCUCAGGAACUUUCAAACUUAUACCGAAUUAGUGACGAAAACUUUCUGGAGCAACAGAAUUAUCAUGGACAUAGAAACAUGCCCUCACAAAAUAUCCUCAGCAUUAGUGGGGUACGUCAUGGUAUUCAGGAGCUGGACCAUUAUGAUUCCUCACCAGACAUUUUCAACGAUUUCCAAAUAAGGGAUCAAGAAACCCCACCACUGGAAGAGCUUCAAGAAUCUGGCCAGACUCAUGGAAACUUAGUAGCCAUUGAAGAAGCCGUGGGCAUUGUAAGAGUUAUGGGCGCGGAUGCCCAUGCUCCAAAUGCUCCAGCCGUCUAUUCUUUUUCCAUUCCACGUACAGUGAAUCUACCUGAAAACCAUGAGCUUGCUCGAGAACUUUCAAACUUAAACGGAAAUUGGGACGAAAACUUUCUGGAGCAACAGAAUUAUCAUGGACACAUAAACAUACCCUCACAAGAUAUCCUCGGUAUGAGUAAUGGAGUACGUCAUGGUAUUCAGGAGCUGGACCAUUAUGAUUCCUCACCAGACAUUUUCAACGAGUUCCAAAUGAGUAUAGUGAAUUCUCCAAGUCGUGAUCCACCAGAAAACUAUGAGUUCGCUCAGGACCUUAAAACUUAUACCGAAAUAGGGAAGUGGAACUUUGUAUUGUUUUGUGUUUUGCACAAAUACCCUGUAACAAAUCCACGCACUAGACACAUAAUCCUUAUCCUUUCUUAACACAGAAAAAAUAAUGUUAGCCAGUAUAGCAUGUAUAAUAAUCUGUUGGGUGCUCAUGAUCCAUAUUCAUGAUUUAUCUAAAACCUCCCGAGCAACAAAAUUAUCAGGGACAUAGAAGUUGAAACAAAAUUGAGUCUUAAUCAAAUUUCACUGUUACUCGUAUUAGCAUUCAAGCAUAAUGAAUGAUACUGAAUGAAAUUUAACAAUUCUAAGCACUAAUUAGGUUGCCUAAUGCCAAUCGGGAGACA